UGUGGAGCCUACAAAACCCAUAUAUCAUCAGAUCCGUCCCAUUGGGUCCCAUUUCCCCCUUGUUCAGCGGUGCUUCUCUUCCUUGCGCAUCAUUUUCCUCAUGAGAAUUUCUCGUACGCAGAUAAAAUAAAGCACUUGGAGAGAGAGAGAAAUCUUUUUUAGAGAAGGAAAAAGGAAUCUUCUUAGUUAGUCAAAGAAGGGAGAGCAAUUUUUUUUUUCUCAGAAACAGUUUUUAAGGGUCGUGAAUGCUGGGUGAAUAUUGAAUACUCUUAUUACUCCUUUUCACCGGAAAGGUAAGCAAAAAUUGUGAUUUCGGUUUUAACCAAAAUCCAUGGAGGAACAAAACUUUGGUCUAUCUUUCAUUUUUUGAAAGUGGGUCACUUUCAAAUCUAUCUCUAAAAGGUCGUAGAACACAGUUACUUUGAGUGAGAAAGCACGGACUGGUUUCUUCCUAAUUCUUUAAUCUUUACAGUUCUCUAUAUCUCAUUGUCAACACUUCCUCUAUCUAUGUGAUUGAAUCGUCAUGUCUUUUUUUAUUUGCUUGUGGUAAUUUGUAUGUCAAGUUAGUGUCAACUCUUUUUGCAGGCUGGCUCAGUUCAUUGCACUGAUAAUAAACAACACUCGAGAUUAUCUGGGUUCCUCGAAAUUUUAAUUAUUUUUCAUUCACCAUUCAAAUUUUUAGAACUGGGUGGAUGGUUUUAAGGCAAAAGGUUGAACCUUGGAAACGAAGCUUGAGAUUUGAAGCCAAGUAAAGAUGGCUUUUCUCAUAGAGUAUAAUUGAUACCCUCUGAAAAAGGUGAGAUUUCGUAAGUAUGGAUCUCCGAGAAGACAGCUCUAGAUUUGGUGGGUUACCAGUAACAACUUCAAGGAAUAUGUCAUCAUCAUCUUCAGCAUUCUUUUCAGCAAACCAGUCACCUUUCUUCUCUCCAAGAUCACCAACUUGUCAAAUAUCAGAAUCAGCAAGGUCAGAUGCUCAAUGUGACAGUGCUCAUUUGAGUGGCAAUCCCCUUAACUUUGGUUCUGGAAAUCUAGUACCAGCAUCUCUAGCAAACGUUCGAGAUGUCUUAUCAGACAUGUCAAGGGAUCCAGUUUCUGAAAUUGGAACUGAUUUCCAGAACUUAGAUCGAUUAUUGUCCUCAACUGGCAUUUCUAACAGCUCACCGUAUAGCAUUAGCUAUGCCCAUGACAAUGGUUAUUCUGGGUUCAGGGAGAAGCGCAGAAAGCAUGGACGAGGCCAUGAAACAUCAGGUACUCCAGUGUCAAUACCCCUUUCCUGUAACAGACUGAGCUGUGACAUCUUCAUAGGUGUCCAUGGUCGAAAACCUUCAUUGCUAAGGUUUGCUAAUUGGCUCCGUGCUGAAUUGGAGGUUCAAGGGAUGAGUUGUUUUCUUUCUGACAGAGCUCGAUGUAGGAACUCGCGGAAACAUGAAAUCAUUGAGAGGGCAAUGGAUGUUUCUUCUUUUGGCAUUAUUGUCUUGACAAAGAAGUCUUUUAGGAACCCAUAUACUAUUGAGGAACUGAGGUUUUUCGCAAGCAAGAAGAAUUUGGUGCCAAUAUUCUUUGAUUUGACUCCAGAUGAUUGCCUAGUAAGGGACAUAGUUGAGAAGAGAGGAGAGUUGUGGGAAAAACAUGGAGGUGAGCUAUGGCUUUUAUAUGGUGGACUUGAGAAGGAGUGGAAAGAAGCAAUUAAUGGUCUUUCUCAAGUUGAUGAGUGCAAAUUGGAAGCUCACGAAGGUAACUGGAGAGAUUGCAUUCUGAGGGCUGUCACACUCUUGGCAAUGAAAUUGGGAAGGAGAAGUGUUGUAGAUCGGCUGGCUAAGUGGAGAGAGAAGGUGGAUAAAGAAGAAUUCCCUUUCCCUCGAAAUGAGAAUUUCAUUGGAAGGAAGAAAGAAUUGUCAGAAUUGGAGUUCAUACUUUUUGGUGAUGUUAGUGGAGAUUCAGAAAGAGACUAUUUUGAGCUAAAGGCAAGACCUAGGAGAAAAAAUUUAAUGGCUGGAUGGAGCAAGAGCGGUUUAAUCGAGGAAAAACGAAGGGAGCAAAAAUUGGGGAAUGGAGCUAAGAAAGGCAAGGAACCAGUUGUAUGGAAGGAAUCUGAAAAGGAGAUUGAGAUGCAAAGCACAGAAUUUUCUCAUAGGCAACGCCAAGUGAGACCAAAAGGUGGUGGGCGUUAUGCAAGGAGAAAAAGAUCAACAAAAAUCGUGUAUGGGAAAGGGAUUGCUUGUGUGUCAGGAGAGCCAGGAAUUGGCAAAACAGAACUGCUUCUGGAAUUUGCUUAUAGAUAUCAACAGAGGUAUAAAAUGGUUUUAUGGAUUGGAGGAGAAAGCAAGUAUAUUAGGCAUAAUUAUCUGAACCUGUGUUCAUUUUUAGAAGUUGAUGUCGGGGUUGAGAAUUUCUCAGAGAAAGGAAGGAUAAAAAGCUUUGAGGAGCAAGAAGAGGAAGCUAUUUGUAGAGUUCGGAAAGAGCUCAUGAGAAAUAUACCAUUUUUGGUGGUGAUUGAUAAUUUGGAGAGUGAAAAGGAUUGGUGGGAUCACAAACUUAUAAUGGAUCUUCUUCCCCGCUUUGGUGGAGAGACCCACAUCAUAAUAUCCACACGGCUCCCUCGUGUGAUGAACUUGGAACCCUUGAAACUCUCUUACUUAUCAGGGGUUGAGGCAAUGUGUUUAAUGCAGGGAAGUGGGAAAGACUAUUCAAUUGCAGAAAUUGAUGCCCUUAGGGUUAUUGAGGAGAAAGUAGGAAGAUCAACUUUGGGCCUUGCAAUAGUAGGAGCAAUUUUAUCUGAGCUUCCUAUAAAUCCUAGCAGGCUAUUGGACACCAUAAAUAGAAUGCCGUCGAGGGAGAUGUCAUGGAGUGGCAGGGACGCUCAAGCAUUGAGGAGCAAUAUUUUCAUAUUGCAGUUGUUUGAGCUAUGUUUCUCAAUAUUUGAUCAUGCAGAUGGGCCGAGGAGUUUGGCAAACAGGAUGGUCCAAGCUAGUGGUUGGUUCGCACCAGCUGCUAUUCCUAUUUCUCUAUUAGCCCUAGCUGCAAAAAAGAUACCCCAGAAGCAUAGGGGGGCACGGUUAUGGAGAAAAUUAUUGCAUUCCUUUUGUGGUCUCACUUCAUCAUACAUCAAAAGGUCAGAAGCAGAAGCAUCCUCCAUGUUAUUGAGAUUUAAUAUUGCAAGAAGUAGCACCAAGCAGGGCUAUCUCUAUGUCAAUGAGCUUGUUAAGCUCUAUGUGUGUAAGAGAGGAGCUGCUACAGGUGCACAGGCUAUGGUUCAAGCUGUCAUCAGUCGUGGGUCCAUAUUCCACCAUUCAGAACAUAUGUGGGCAGCAUGUUUCUUGUUAUUUGGUUUUGGCAAUGAACCAAAAGCCACUGAAUUGAAGGUGUCGGAGUUGUUGUACCUUGUCAGAGAAGUGGUUUUGCCUCUUGCAAUCUGGACAUUCAUUACAUUCUCUCGGUGCAAUGCUGCUCUGGAGCUCCUUCGACUAUGCACUGAUGCUUUGGAAGCAGAAGACCAAGCAUUUGUUACCCCAGUUGAGAAGUGGUUGGACAAAUCACUUUGUUGGAGGCCUAUCCAGACUAAUGCUCAGUUGUAUCCGUACCUUUGGCAGGAGCUAGCACUAUUAAGAGCCACUGUACUGGAAACUAGGGCAAAGCUCAUGCUGAGAGGGGGGCAGUUUAGUGUGGGUGAUGAUUUAAUAAGGAAAGCUAUUUUUAUUAGGACUUCAGUUUGUGGUGAUGAUCAUCCAGACACUGUAUCUGCUCGCGAGACUCUAAGCAGACUCACCAGGCAUCUUGCGAAUGUUCAAAUUUACACUUCACCAUAAACUAUCUCUUGUAAGCAAAUUAAACUUAACAUUAGAAUUAUACAAAAUUCUCAAAUAAUGUAAACAUUCUAGAGUAAUUUUUUUUUACAUUAAAUCUGAAAAUGAUGCCCAUUCAUUCCUCAAAAAUUUCCUCUUUGAUAUAACAUUCAUGUACGCGAUAUGUUUAUAUGCGUACAUUCUAUGAAUGCUUGUGUGUAUUUCUGACGAUGUUUUGAGUUGCUUGUUUCUUCAUUGCAUUUCUAUUAUACAAUAAGACUUGAGGGGAAAAUGGCCAACUUAAAACUUACCAUUUAAUAUUUGGACAACUUGGUUCAUAAUGUCACGACAUCAGCAUUAAGAAAAGGAGAUUCCAGGACAAGAACUGCUUUACAUUCCAUAACAGGCUAUUUUGGGAAGAGGUUAACCGUACAUGGUAGAGAGUUUACUUGGUGUACCAUCUGCUACACUGGGAAUAGUGAAAGAUAUUCAUCCCUAUUUCAGUGGCUGUGGUGAAGAUAAACAAAGUCUCCUUCUGGCACUAUCUCUGUUAAUGGUUAAUGAUUCUCUUCUCUACCUCCAGUCUUGAAAUAUAUUGCUGCUACAGUGAUGAGUUUAUCCUUCCAGGUUUUUCCAUCCCGAAUGAAUUCAUUGGCUGCAUUUGUCAGUGAACCAGGCUCUAUACAGCUUCUGCGGAGACAUAUGCUUAUGCUACAAGCAUGCAGGUGCAGAGUAAGAGGUACGUGAAAAGAUUUCUAGCCAGGUGCAAUUCACAAACCUUUAUGCUCCAUCUUUUUAUUUAUAUGUUUAUUUUGGGGUGAAGUUGUCUGAAUCUACUUCAGCUGAUUUUUGUUCAGAAGUUGUCACACAUUCCACUUUUGCUACUUUUGCUACUUAUCCCUACGCCCCACCCCCCAUACUACCGGAAAAAAAAAAGGGAAAAGAAAUGCAUUUUGGCUGUAAUGUGCUGUCAGAUUGUAUGCCAUUCAACUGUUAGUCCUUUGCUGUGCAAAUUUUGCUUUUCAAUUAACUUCAAUCAUACAGGGCAAGUCCUCACAUCUAUUUGGCAUGUAAUGCUGUAAACUAUUUCAUUAAAACUUACUAUGAAAAGACAAUAGAAAGAUAAUUCCAUGUCGUUAGACUCUUAUCUUUGUUGAAAUUAGUGGUUAAGGAAUAUUUCUAUUUCCCAUACAGAUCACAUAUUGAAUUCGGUUGCUGCAACUUUCCACAAACAAGGGAAGCUAUACUGUUGUGACAAGACAACUCCUGCUGGCCUGAAAUAGGUAGCAUACACAGAAAACAAUUCAAUAGUCCUCUGAUGAUUGAUUGCAUAUAUAUUCUCAAUUUAUUUAUUUACUGUACCCGUGGUUGAUUUGACAAGUUUAAAUCCAUUUGGACAAUAUAUCAUCUUUGUUGAGGGGAAGGAUUUUUGCAGAAUUAUUAAAUUGCUUGAUUUAUUAUCAAGUUAUGAGUGAUAAUCUUUUGUAAGUUGUGGAGUAUAUUUUUCAAUCUUAUGUGAUGCUUAUUCUAAGUCUUCUAUCUCAGAACCCCAUCUGGGUGAUAGCAUUUCAACUGCCUAAAUCUGAGGAGAGCUUUCUUCUUAUUCGACAGCCGAAUGUUUAUCAUACAUGUUGCUUUUGGGGGUUCAUGGCUUCAGUGCUCUGGUCUUUCUUACAAGCAUGGUGGAUUCAACAUCUAGGCCUUUCCCAAGAACCAGACAAAGCAAUGCUAUUGCCUCUACUCACGUUAAAGUCUCCAGUCUUCACCAUUUAUAUGUGGCUAAAAAAACCAAUGGAUUCAAUAUUUGGGUUUCUGUAGACAUUGGCUAAUCAGCUGGUAUAUUAUCAAUCAUUCGAUGACAAUGGAAAGAUCAAAACUUCUUUCUUAAUUCUUUGUUGCUUAAAGUAGUGGUGAAUGGUAUAAAACUGAAAAACAAAAUUAUGCAGUCCCAUUUCAUUUCAUUUCAUUUUGAUUGGAUCAAUAACAAUAAGUUUCUUUCCUUUUUAUGUGAAAAA